GCAAUUUCGUUACAUUUUUGACGAUCAUGAUUCUUGUUGGUGGUAAAAAUGCUGAAAAACAUAUUGCUGCAGCUAAAAAUUAGAGUUUUUGAUAUUUCAAACCAUGACAGAGGCAUCUGAAGAUGACUAUUUAGUAGAAGUACGUGCACAAGUAAUGGCAAGAGACGAGAGUACCGAAGGAUGGCUGCCGCUCCAAGGGGGCGGUUUAGCGAAAGUUUCCAUUCGCAAACGUUCUAGAUUAUCGCCAGAAGUCAAGGGACAUGAAUACAUCAUCUACGGCCAACGGAUUUCCGAUCAAACAGUAAUUUUAAGUUGUGUUAUCAACAAAGAACUGCUGUAUAACAAAGUCAUGCCGACUUUUCAUCAUUGGCACACGGGCAAGCAACGCAAUGGCUUGACAUUUACGACAGCUGCUGAUGCCCGUGCCUUCGACAAAGGAAUCAAAGCAGCAUUUGAUGCGGUUUUAGAUGAUCUUUCUUUAAAUCAAAAUUCCACACAAUCCAUGGAAUCGUUGGGAAAUGAAAAACUUUUAGUUGAGGAAGAUGUAUUCAUGGACGUUAACUUACCAAUGGACAAAUCACAAUCAAGAUCGACUUCUGAAGGGAGUGGUAGCCAUCAGAGUAUAGAUUCGAAACCACCAAAAUCAACCACAGAGCAAUUGCCAAAAAAUAAUAAUCAACCGCCAUCGCUUGAAAAGUCGUCUGACAGUUGUGGCAAUGUCGCCGUAACGUGUGAACCCUCAGCAAAUACAAAUACAAGCACAGUUCCGACAUGUGAUAACUACUCGUACGUACAACUGACGACAAAGCCCGAAUACGGUACAAUAUCGACAAUUUGCGGCGGCGACAAUUACGGAGACUUUAACGAUGUGCUGCGGCGUGGCGAUUCGACAUCGAGUCUUAAGAAACAACGGACUACAUUUGAACCACCGCUUGGGCAGCAACAGCUCAAGGAGCAUCAUGGGGCACGUGGCGUGAAUGCGGGCGGCGUUGCGCAUCUACCGAUUCGCACAAAAUGCAAAUAUUGCUCGGAUUUUUACAGUCAGGAGGACAAUAGGGCGGGAUCGUGCGGAUAUGCGCCAGAUUGCUUCAAGAAUGGCAUCGAAACGAUUUCCGGAAUGCAGUGCGCAAAGUGUAUGGUGUAUCAUUGUAUGGGCGAUCCGGAAGGCGAGAGCUCGGAUAAUCCGUGUUCGUGUACCGGAGAAAGUGGUUGUACUAAAAGAUGGAUUGGCUUGACUCUCUUGUCAAUAUUAGUUCCGUGCUUAUUAUGUUACCCUCCCCUGAAAGCCUGCCAUUGUAUCGGAGUUACGUGCGGACUAUGCGGAGGGAAGCAUUCACCACAAAUUUGACAACCAAUUAAAAUCUACAAUAAACGCGACAUUAACACAAUUUACUGACGGUCACUUCAAGACCCAGAAUAUGAUGAUCGACGAAACGACUACCAAGGUUAUUAUUACUACUAAAAACUAAAAACAUCCAUAGAACAAACGAAAGAUAUUAGCAAACAUAAAUCCAAAAUGUUCAAUUUUAUACAUACAAAUUUUUAGUGAUCAUCAUAGAGAAAUGUCAAAAUCUGGGCAAAAAAAACUCAUCCCGAUGUAUUAUCAGCAGUACAUUAAAAAAAAAGCGCAGCAAAAAAAUAAUCAGAAACGCAUCAAAAACGUUGCCAAUCGACUUAACAAGAACAAGAAACAAUUUUUGAUGAAACAUCAUAACAACCAAAAAUCAUUUUUUAUUACAUUUUAAUUAAUUAAUAAUAAUUUUUAAUGGUUUACCGAUUUUUUUUAUAAUAAUUAUUAAUAAUAUACAAAAAAAUUGUUGAUUUUACACAACACACAAAAAGUAUUUUCUCAAACUAAAUCUAGUUUUGUAAGACGUUUUUAUUAUUUUUUUUUAAUAUUAACUUUUUUACUAGAUUAGCUUUUAAUCGACACACUAAUAAGGAAUUUAUUAAUUAUUAUCAUUAAAAUUUUUAUUAUUAAUAUUAAUUAAUCAC